AUGGUCUUCUUGAAACUAAAAUGCUUGAAGGAGCUACCCUCGUGGGCUUUGAAGACGACGUGGCAAUCGUGGUCACUGCCAAAACAUAGCUUUGUAGAAUCAGGACUACAACUGGUAGAAAACUGGCUGGAGGAAAACAGCUUUCAAGCGCAAAAUUCUGUUAAGUGUGAUUCUGUAUGCAACGCUAAUCUGAGGACUAUAUCCAUUGGGAUCUGCAGUACCUAUCGUACAAUAUCUGCUGAAGUAGGUGUUAUUGCUGGAAUUCCACCCAUAAAGCUACAAAUUAAAGAAAGUAAAGGAAGGUAUGAUGGAAUAGACAAGAACGUUGCCAGAAAAAUCCUGAAAAAUGGCAAAAAAUGGGAAUAUGGGACAUACGUCCGCUGGAUCUUUCAUUUAAACCAGAACUCCAUGUUUGGGUGGACAGAACAUUUGGAGAAACUGGAUACUUCCUCAUACUCUUCUUAUGCUCCAGAUGAAGAGAAGGUAAAAAUUUAG